AUGGACGCUAAGGACGAAGCCAAUGACGCCGCCCUAGCGAACACAUUACUCACCGGAGCGAAGUGCAAGAAGCGCAAGAAUAUAAAGGCUGAGUUGCUUAAUGCGGCUUACCAUCGUCUCGAAAGCCCGAAAAUUACGUAUAAGACUUUCAAAAACAAUCUAAGUGAAGCCUCAAAAUUUCACCAAUAUCUCGGGGCCCUCAUAGUUUUCCUCCCGUUUGGCGAGGCCAAGGUCACAAAAUUGAACUCGAAGGGCGUCAAGAAGCACCUUGAAGCCCACACUCAAUAUCAGGAUCUGUCGCAAACAGGGCAAGAGUUUCUUAAAUCGAUCUUCACGGGUGAUGCAUUUGCCAAAAGGAUUUGGGAAAUCCACCCUUUCAGCCAAGGUUUACCUCUGGAGCAUCAAGUCGCCCUCCUUAGAAUCAAGUCUUCAGAUCCUCUGCCUGGCAACUAUCGAGUUGAUCAACGUGGACAUGUCGUCCUUUCGAGCCCGCUUCCAAAACCAUCGUCCUUCCCUACCAAGGUACCGAACGCAGACUGCACAGAAGCAACCUCACAACCAUGUUUACCAUUCUCGCCCAUAUUGUUCGUAUCACCAUUCAACUUGCAAGACAAAGACAACACCGAGGCAGGCGGAAUCGAAGCGUCCCCACACCCAUCUCUUCUAGCGCCCUCCGAUUUCCCACCACUGCCUUCAUCGUCAUCUCCUUGGUCACUGCCGGCAACACCAGCCUUAUCCAACCCUCUCCCUCUCCGGUCAUCAUCAACCUUGGUGGUUCCGACCUCCUGGCUGACCGACAAUGUCAUCGAUGAGUAUAUGGGUGACCUCGCCAAGAAGCACGGCUUCUGUUUCUUCAACAGCUGUUUCUUCAAUCAGGAGAGGCCCAUUAACAAAAAGUGGAAGGCCGAGCAUGGUGAUCCCUUGACAGAUCUAGUAAUGAUCCCUAUCAACCACAAUCAUCACUGGUACCUAAUGGUCAUGUACAAGCCAUCCAACUCUUUAGUUGACACCGAUCGAACCGUCUGCUUUCUUAAUUCCUGGGAGAGCGUGGCCUCGUACGCCCAAAAUUUCGAACGUUGGCUCGCAUAUCUCAACGAUCUUGGGUGGAAAGGUCGGGUAGAGGAAACUCAGAUACAAGUUCCCCAGCAGACCAAUGGUUCCGACUGUGGAGUUUAUGUCCUGGCAUUCGCUAAAACGAUUGCAGACAACUACAGCGCGUUUUUGUCUAGCCCUAGUAACCUUCUCCAGGACUUCUGGAACUUCGACGCGCGAGAGUUUCGCAAAACCAUAGCAGCCGCCGCCAUUAGUGGGCCUGUUGACAACCGAGUCGUUGCUUCCAACAGAGGGAUAGACAACCAUGACGACACUGUCAUCAACUCAAGCGAGAAUUUCCGCAUCGCCGACCUCUCAGCUCUUCCAUAUCCCUACCAGGGGGGCAAACGAAAGAGUGGCUCAUCAGCAACUGCUCGGAACGUAUCUUCCUCACUGUCGCCAGCAGACUCAUUAUGGGACUCAUCAGAAGGGGUCGUGGUGGAGAGAGCACAAUGCGCUCCCUUAAGGGUAAAACGACGAAAGAUAUUGUUACCAACCACAAGAGCGUACAACGACGGGGUCAUGACUACUGAUGUGGUGACUGUGCUAAGAAAAGGUCUCGCGACAGUUGGCGAUGAAAUUACAAUGGCUGAAACCGAGACUGCUCCCCUGAACGUCUCUUUGUCAUUGUCCCCAACAGAACUAUUUUCCAAUCCGGGAGCAUCCAUACAGCAAAAUAGCAACCGGAUUGCACCGAAGGAGAUUGACGCUUCAAGCAACAACCUCCGCGUCGAAAACCAGAGGCGUGGCUCGUCAGCCUUUGCUUCCUUGAACGCCUCUUCUCUGUCGUCACCAGCAGAGCUAUUCCAGGACUCAUUAGACGAGGGUGCGGUGAUGAAAGCACAGCCCGCUCCCACUAAACGACCUUUGUCAGCCGAAGACCAAAGAGCUGAUAACGAUGUGGCUAUGACCGAGGGAAUCUACGUCAACCUCCAUAUCAGAAUUGCCAUCUACCCAAAUUCAUUCAACCGAUAUGGCGAGAGAGAAAGUCCAAACCAUACUUGUGGCUGGGCUCCAAUAAUGAUGUUCAGGAAUUUCCCCUAUGAGCUCGAGACGGUGGCCGGUGACGAACAAGCUCCCUACAGCAUGCAAACUAGCGAUGAGGCCUGUCCAGGUUUAGUCGACGCGGUGGACAGGCUUCAUACGGAUGGAUACUUACAUUGGAACGACAGCUUUGCCGCUAAAGCUUUGAAGACUAUCCAGGAAUUAGAUAACUUCGCCCAGGGACUCGGCAUCCUUCGUUCUAUGUUAUCAAGCACGCAGCUGCGAGAAUUUCUCAGGAAGUGGUUUGCGCCAAGCGAAGGACCGUACAUAAUAGGACAUUGCUUCUAUUAUAGCGAUACUGGAACAGGGGGACUUCCGAUCUUUCUUCGACGUAACAUUGGUCAAAGCGAUCGUUUUUUGGGUUUACAUUUACUCACUGCGAAUGCAAGCGUCCGGUAUUUUGUCGGGUCCCAUGGAGUAGAUUGGGCUCCGACAGAGGAGACGCUUCUGUUCAAGAAUGAUCAAUCGGCGCUUAAACAGUACCCAAGUAAACGAAUGUCAGAUGGUUUCUCCUCUAGCGCGCUAUUCGAUCCCAGUCUUAACCACCAAAUCGAAGCUGGUGUAGCCCUGACUAUUAUAGUUGGCCUGCCACAGACGUUCGUGGGGUUUCCGCAGUUGAAGCUGAAUAAUCCAUAUGUAAGAGGAAUUGUCGAGGCGAUGAGGAAGGAUAUUGGGAUUGGCUGGAACUUGGAAAUGGAAUCCGAUCCCAAAAACACUCUUGAAUGUCUGAGAUCCGACUCAAUUCGGGCAGGUGUUUCCCAUAGUAUUGACAAGGUGCGAUGA